UGACCCCCCCCCCCCCCGGGGUGGGCACCCCUGUAAUAUCAUUUCUGUUAGUCACAAAAACUGCCUAUUCUUAUAACAUUAAAACUGUCUUAUCAUAUUUUUGUUCUACUAAUUAAUUCCCACGUGUAGCGCUUUCAAACCUAAAGAACUAUAUGCAGUUUUGCAACUUUCUACACAACAUUCUGAGCAAUAAAAAAAAAAAAAAAGAUUUCAUCAACUGGAAUUGACGAAAUAUUUUGAGAGAACUCCCUCAGAGAUUUAUUUCUUUUCUUGCGAGCUCAAAGGAAGCAAUGCAUUGGACGUAUAGAAUGAGGAGUCUAAAAAAUGUAAGCACGUUAGAAUCCCUUCACGUAACUUCUUCAGAUUGGAGUAUCAGCUGGAAAUAUCAAAUGAGGACUAAUUUAUCAAAAGGGGACAUAUCCAUUUUCCAAAAUUGUUCCGGAGGUGAAAAAAAAAAAAAAAAGAAUUGCGGUAAGAGCAAAAUUGUUUUAUCACUUUUUCUGAGUACCGAAUGGAGCACAAAAGCACAGCAAAUCAUGACCCAGAGUAAGAAAUGUUUGAGCAAAAAAAUAUUUUCCCAUAAACUAACUUUAAUUCAAAUUCGAUUGAACUAUAUAGUGUCGCUUCGGUUACAGUGGUGCACCCUCAAGGGACGAGGGAGCUUAAUCCCCACCCAGAAGUCACCGCUGCUUUAAAGCACCAAAAUAAUGACUUAAAUAAACAAAUGAUAAAAAGCAGAAAUGUAAUUUUUCAGCUCAGUGCAAUAACAUUUAUGUAGAAACUAGCUGUUCCCUCACGGCGAUGCCCGUGAUAAGAAUUUAAAGAAUUUCCCUUGAAUACAUAAAAAUCCCCCCCCCCCCUUUCCGCACACACCAUAAAAAAAAAAUUUUUUUAAUUUAAAGUUAAAAAAACAGUAAAAGUUCUUUUGCAAUUUAAAAUAUCUCUCCAAGGAAAUAAAAAACAUUAAAUUUCAUUAGCAGUUGCUUUAAAAUGUCAUAUAAUCCACCAACGCCAUUGUUUAUUGCCUAUCUCGCCGAGCGACCAAGCUACCGAAAACCUGCCUAUGAACGAGCGAAGCGAACUCCAAUCAAUUAGCGAUUCGAUCUUUUUAACUAAAACGUUUAAAUAAAAACCCCGCUCUUUCUUCUUUUCUUUGAAGAAAAAGAACGCAAUUAAAAAAAGGCAUAAUGUGUAGAACAAAUAAAAAAUCCUGUCCCCCGUAUAAAAAAGAAUUCAACUCAAAAACGCAACGCAAUUUACAUAAAACCAGAAGCGAUAAAGGUAUUUUGAUUUUUGGAUCGCGCACGCCAGAAUAGCUCGCAGAUGGCAGAAUUUUUUCCUACUAACCUGACACUUAUCGUUAUAUAUUUCGGAAAAUUCACUCACUAUCUUUAUAAAUUAUAGCCUAUGCGUUAUUCUGAUGUAUAAGGUAUAUUACUGUAAAGUUUCAUUGAAAUCUAUUCUGUAGUUUUAACGUGAAAGAGUAACAAACAUACAUGAUACAUCCAUACACAAAUUUCGCGUUUUAAGAUUAACUAUUGACAAGAAUAGAACUAAAAUUUCAUAGAGUAAGAAAAAAAAAGACUUUUGUCUCCAUUCAAUAAAUACUAUAACACUACCAUGGGCAUGUAUUCCUUUGGAAUGUGGUCAAUGUAUUUUGAGUUUAAGAAAAAAAAAAAUCUCUCUAAUAUGCAGGGGCGGAUUGGGUCCCGCAAGAGGGCACUAACCUUGACCUUCAAAGGGCGCAAAAAAGAAAAAAAAGUGCAAAAAAAAAAGUGCAGAGAGUAAAAAAAAAAAAAUAGGUGUAACAAAAGUACAGAAUAAAAAGAAGCAAAAAAAUAAAAUAAAAUAAAAGGAAAGACGUGGUGGAAGAACGAUGGUAAACACGUUUACGAGUUUAAAGGAAAGAAAAAAGCGAAGUGAAGUCGCACAGCUUCGUAAGCGCAAAAAAGAAAAAUAAUAAUAAUGUGGAAUUCGCACCAAAAAAUAAAAAAAAAGUAAGAUAAAUUUUUAAAAAAAAAUAAAAAGUAAGAAAAAUUGCACCAAAAAAAUUAAAAAUAAGUAAAAAUGGUGUUCAAACUUGAGGGCGCAUAGGCGGGAGGACGCAUUAGAACGCAGGCCGAUGGGCCGGCGGGCCAGUUCGUCCUUGCUAAUAUAUAUGUUAGCUUUCAAAGAUGGUGUUCGGCAUGAUUCGAUUAUAUAUUUUUAUAUGUUGAAUCUGAACGAAAGAUGGCGCCACAAGAUUUUAUGUUUUGUUGAAAAUAUACUUUCACGUGAGAACUUCCGAAACUUUUUUAUUACUAUUUCAUUGAACAUUAUUAGAACAGUAAUAAUAUAUUUAUGAAGUGGUGCAAACACAAAUGUCUCGCAGCAAAGGUUAUAUUCCCGUGUCCGUAGAAGAGGAUGAAUUAUUUUCCCGUUAUAAGGAGGAACUAGUGGCAUCUGGUCCUGACCAAAAAAACUGGCGUGGUAUAGGAAUAGCUCUCUUGGUUAUAGUUGUUGUUUGUGCUCUCAUAGUUGCAGCAAUAGUGCUAUUGACUCCUGGUGAUGCAGGUGUUGCAAUUAGAAAAAGUAGAAUAACUUUAGAAGAAGUGGUAAAAGGACGCUUCAGUUACAGGAGAUUUAAUGGCACGUGGAUAUCAGAUCAUGAAUUUGUUUACCAAGAUGCUUUUGGUGCCAUUGGAAUUUACAAUGUUGCAAAUAAUUCUGAACAAAUUAUUAUGUCCAAUACAACAUUUAGACAACAUAGUAUAUCUCAGUUCUUCCUUUCUGCUGAUAGGCAGUAUAUUUUAAUGUCACAUAAGUAUGAGCGGAUAUUUAGGUAUACAUACAAAGCAGCAUUUUUACUAUACAAUGUUAGCAGUGAGUAUUUAGCACCACUCUUCCCUGAUAAUCCUGAUGUACGUCUGCAGUAUGCUGAAUGGGGACCAACAGGAAAUCAACUAGUUUAUGUGCUAGACAACAAUGUGUAUUAUUUAUCUGACAUUUCUGCUAAACCUCGCCAAUUAACCAAAACUGGAGUUGAUGGGCUCAUAUUUAAUGGUAUUCCAGACUGGGUUUAUGAAGAAGAAGUAAUUACUUCCAACAACGUAAUCUGGUGGUCAGAGGAUGGCAAGAAGUUAUGUUUUGUUUCUUUUAAUGACACUGAUGUUGAUCUUUUACAAUACCCUUAUUAUGGAUCUUAUGCAGAUGUUAACAAUGUGUAUCCAGAACUUGUAAAUUUGAGGUACCCAAAGGCAGGUAAAACAAACCCAACUUUUACUAUAUGGGUAACUGAUUUAAUUAAAUCAAAGGAAAAUAUUCCUGUUCAAGUUCCUAAAGAAUAUAAAGAUUUGGAAUAUUAUUUCACUGAAAUUCAGUGGGUAGGCAAUGACGCUCUUUCCGUUGUCUGGCUAAAAAGAGCUCAAAAUACUUCUAUUAUCAGUAUAUGCAGACAAAAUGAUGGAUGGAUUUGUAAAAAGAAUCUUCAGGAAGAUGCACAUGGGCAUGGUUGGGUAGACGUAUCUACAAGCACUGUUUUCUCAUCAGACAAAAAAUACUAUUUCAUAAAGCUUCCUGGACCAUCUGAAGGAGAUGCUGGUCGUUUUAGACAUGUUGCUGCUGUAGAUGUUAAGGAUGGAACAAAAACAUUUCUUACAAGUGGGAAAUAUGAUACCGUGUCAAUACUAGAUCACAACAUAGAAAAAAAUACAGUAUAUUACAUCACAACUUUAGAAGGAAAACCUGGGGAAAGGCAUUUAUUUGGAGUCACUGACUUAAAGCACAAGAAGCCCAAAAAUACAACAUGUCUCACUUGUGACUUAGGACCUGAUUGUCUAUACAAUGAUGCUACCUUCAGCAAAAAAUUAAGCUACUAUGUAUUAGAAUGCUUAGGUCCAGGAAUUCCCAGAGUCGAAAUUCGUGCUACAGAUUCCAAUAAAAUUAUUUCAACUUUGCUAACAAAUGACGAUUUGAAGGACUUCAUAGAAACAAAAGCAAUGCCAAAAAUAAAGAAUCUUCAAGUGCCUAUCGAUGGGAAUUAUCAUGCAAAUGUUCGUCUGUUUUUGCCUCCUUAUUUACAAGAAUAUGAAAUAACAAAAUAUCCUAUGCUUGUUGAAGUAUAUGGUGGACCCGGAAGUCAAAUGAUAUCGGAAAAAUUUUCUGUGAAUUGGGGUUCUUAUUUGGCCAGCAAAAAGAAUGUCAUAUAUGCAUGGAUAGAUGGGCGUGGCAGCGGAUACCGAGGAGAUAAAAUCCUGCAUGAAGUUUACCGUAAACUAGGAACUGUAGAAAUAUUUGAUCAACUUUCAGUUACAAGUUACUUGAAGGAUCAUCUACAAUACGUAGAUGGAAAGCAUGUUGCAAUAUUUGGUUGGUCUUAUGGAGGUUAUGCAUCUGCCUUGGCAGUGGCCAGUGAAGAAAAAGUUUUCAGUUGUGGAAUUUCUGUAGCUCCAGUCACAAGUUGGUUAUAUUAUGAUUCUCUUUACACUGAGCGAUACAUGCAAAGUCCAGCUCCAAAUGAUAAUUUAAUUAAUUAUGAAAAUUCGGAUGUCAUGAGAAAAGCUUCCAGCUUUAAAGGAAAGAAAUACCUUCUUGUUCAUGGUUCAGCAGAUGACAAUGUUCAUUGGCAACAGUCCAUGAUGUUAGCUAAGGCUUUAACAGAUGCUGGUGUCAUAUUCCGUAUGCAGGUGUAUCCUGAUGAAAAUCACGCACUCGGUCAUGUAAAAUUACAUCUGUAUCAAACAAUGGAUGAUUUCCUAGACCAUUGCUACUCAGACGCUUCCAAAGAUGAUUCAACGCACAUGUCCACAUCUGCAGAUUCUGACAGAUAGAGCAGCAACCCAACUACUGGUGGGCUUUCAUACAUCAGGCAUUUUUCAUUGCCAUGAUUUUCCAUGUGAUUCUCAUUUUGAGGCUGACUAAGAUUUUACUCAGUGCAAACAUGUAUGCGCUUUUGUGAGGAAGUGUGAACAAGCACUUCAGCAUUUUCAUGCAGUAUGAAAAUCUUUUUUAGAUUAAUACUCGAACAUCGCUUGAAAAUGAUUAUAUUUUGUGAUAGCUUAUUUAAAAUAUAUUGUUUUCGAACCAAAGCAGUGGCAUGCUCAGAGAAAGUACAAUGGAGAGGAUGUGCUUCAACCAAAAUUGUUUUAUCAACUAUCAAAUCGAUAUGAUUACUCAGACGUUUCUAGCUGAUUUUAACUUUUUUUUUUAUUGUAUCAAUUGUUUCUCUAUAAAUCUGCUACUUUUUCUAAGUUGUUCUUUAUGUAUAACCUAGAAAAUUUAAAAUUUUCAAUUUUAAUAAUCAUACUUCACAACUCAAGGGACGUUACGUAUGAUUUUAUUCUUACUCUCUCAAAAUAUCUGGAUAUGCCAUUGUGCCAAAGCAACUUUUCUCAAAAGUUGAUAUAACAGAGUGCAGCUGAAAAGCUGAAUUAUAUGUUAGUACAAAUAUGACUCUUUAUAUUAAAGUGUAUCAUGAUGAGUGUAGCAGAGUGAAAAUUAUAAUUUUUGUGAUCAAAAAAUGAAAAAUCGACCCUACCUGUUUCUUCUCUUAAAUAUAUAUAUUUUCAUUGUUUUUAUUUACUUGUUUUUUAAUUUAUUUUUAGUUGUGUUAUUUAAAAUAUUUAUCAUUCAAACAUCUUCGGUGUUUACAUAGACCAUAAAAUACUUCAACCACUCAACAACGCAGAUUCAAUGUUUACUUUUAUGCAAGAAGUUGAAAACAUUAUGACAAUAAAGUUGCACAGAUAGCAAAAAGAAUUUCAUAAUGCAUUUCACUCAACAAUAAUCAAAUUUUUUUAAUGACGAAUUGCCUGUUUUCUUUUCUUGGGUUUAUCCUAUCUUUUUUAACUGAACUUUUAAAAAUUGAAAUAGGCUGCUUGAUGCUUCGAGGGUCAAUUAAUUAUAUAGAUAUUUUCUACAAAGUGAAAUUUAACUAAAAACUCCAUAUUUUCCAGUUUUAUAUCCUUUUUUGCCCCCCCCCCCUUUAAAAAAAACACAAAUGCUGUUGAUGCUCCAUAUGUUGAUGUUUUACUAAAACUAUGCUCUUACAUGCUAAGUUAUUUCCAAUCAUAACUGUCUGUUGGAAAAACAGCUAUUGUGGUUCUUUCUCAUUGUUGUGUUGAUAAAUUUCUACUCAACAGCUUAAGAGAAACGUUUUGAUGUUAUAAAUGUGUUUUACUCCACAUUAAAACUUUGUUUCUGUAAAAAAAAAAAAAA